CCGCCGCCGCCGCAGGAGGAGGGCGGUCGGUCCGGGUCAACACCGGGAGUUCUCGGGACGCCUUUCGGGAGAGCAUGCGACCGACACCCCGGUGACCAGUUUUCUUUUGCAACCGGCGACCGACCGACCGACCAACUCAACUGGACUCCUCUCCCCUCUCCUCUCCCCCCCUCCUCCUCCUCCGGGCCGGCAACACACCCCCGGGGCGAGGCGAUGGCUGUGCAGGCUGCGAUCAUGAACCCCCACUUCAUCCACUUCUGUUUCCCGGGCUCGGCCGUGGAGUACGAGAUGGGCAGCGCUUACGGCGGGGUGCACGGCGCCCCUGGGCUGGGGCUGGGGCUGGGGGGGGAGGAGGAGGAGGAGGCGGCGGCGAUGGCGGGGAGCCCCGGGGAGGGCAGGCAGACCACCAGCGCCCUGCUCAGCUUCAUCGACUCGGCCUCCAGCAACAUCAAGCUGGCGCUGGACAAGCCCGGCAAGUCCAAGAGGAAAGUCAACCACAGGAAAUACCUGCAGAAGCAGAUCAAGCGGUGCAACGGGAUGAUGGCGGGCGGUUGCAACGCGGCGGCUGCACAGAACUCAGCCGCGGAGGCGGUCAGCAAGAGGCAGUCUCCCUCUCCUUCCUCCUCCUCCUCCUCCUCCAGCAGCAGCAGUCACAGCACAGCGGGUCACUUCCAAUGCAAACCCCCGCCCAAGAAGGACGGCUCCCAGUCCCAGUCCAACCUGCAGAGCAAGUCUCUGGCUGCCCUGUUCGGCUCCGUGCAGGACCUGAGGCGGGAGGCGGGCGGCGGCGGCGGCGGCGGCGGCAGGAAGGUGCCGCUCCGGAACCGUAACUUACCGCCGUCCUUCUUCACCGAACCGGUCAGCAGCACCGCCCCCGCCCCCCCCGCCGCCGCCCCCCUCCCCAGCCCCAGCCCGGGGCCCAGCCCGGGCCUGACCCUCCGGGACCUGGAGCGAGGACACCCCGAGUUGUUCGAGCUGCUGGGGCCGGACUACAGCAGCCUGGCCCCGGGGCAGGAGGCCGCCUUCCUCCCCUCAGCCCCGCGGCUGCACCGGGAGCCCAGUCCCGACCACCAGCCGCACUACGAGGCUUAUCAUCGCGGCGGCGGCGGCGGCGGCGGCGGCUUCUCCUCCUCCUCCCACUUCCCCGACCCCUGGCUGCCCUGUAACCCGGGUAAGAAGAGCCCCCCCCCGGCCCCCCGCUGCCCCCUGGGCCUGAGCGAGCACGGCAUCCGGACAGGGCCGGUGCAGGCAGCCUGUUAUCCGCACAGCGAGGCCGCCGGCAGCUCCUCUGCGGAGGACAGUGGGGUCGGCCUGACCGCAUUCCCGCAGUUUUUCCCCGAGUGUUCCCUCCCUCAGGUCUCGUACGAAUACAACAGCCCGGGAUACACCUGCAGCCGACAACACUUCCCGAGUCUUUAGUCUCCCCCUCUCUCUCUCUCUCUCUCCCCCUCUCUCUCUCUUCCCACUCCUUUCCCCCCAUCGCGGACUGUCGUUUCCUUUCUCCCUCAGUUGUUUCUGUCGCUCCGAG